CAGCGGGCUGGGGAACGCGCGGUUGUAACGGCCCCGCCCCAGGCAGCGUGUUUCACACCCUCGUGUCUGCGUGUUUCCUGCUCACAGGGCGGCGCGCGGUGCCUCUGCGAGGGACAUGACCGGGCGUGCGCGGGUCCGAGCGAGGGGACAAGCCCUCUCGGGCGCCGCCGGCAGCGCGGGGCAGCCUGGCUCCCCACGGCGGCCGGAUGGUUCUAGAGGUGACGAGCCCAUGGCUGUUAGGACUCUGCAAUCUGAGAAAGAAGCCUCAACUUCCUGUGGCCACAGGGAAACAACAAAACUUACACAGCGAUAUGGCUUUUCUGCUGGGGUUUCUGGAUGCACACUGCUGGAGAGAGGGGGAAAGACCCGAUGUAACUUUCAAGAUUUGGGAGUAAAUACUAGAGAGACUAUGGCACAUGUGAAAGACUGUAAAACAGGCUUCAGUGGAAUUCCAGUGAAAGUGGUCACAAACCUAUAUGGCUUAGGCUUGCCCAGGGAAUGGCAGCUUUACCAAUACCAUAUAACAUUUAAUCCAGAGUUGGAAUCAAGGCGCUUGCGCCUUGCUUUGCUUUACAGCCAUACCGAACUUCUUGGAAAAGCCAAAGCAUUUGAUGGAGCUAUCCUUUUUCUUUCUCAAAAGCUGGAAAAUCAGGUUACAGAAUUAGCGAGUGUAACGAAAAGAGGUGAGACUGUAAAUAUCACCAUUACACUAACAAAUCAGCUAGCCUCAAGUUCCCCUGUGUGCAUUCAGUUUUUCAAUAUCAUCUUCAAAAAGGUUUUGAAAAAGCUGUCCAUGUACCAAGUUGGACGGAACUUCUACAGUCCUUCAGACCCGGUGGAAAUUCCCCAGCACAAACUGACUCUUUGGCCAGGAUUUGCUGUUUCCAUUACACAGUUUGAGAACAGAGUGAUGUUAAGUGCUGACGUGAGCCAUAAAGUCCUUCGCAGUGAGACUGUUCUGGAAUUCAUGACAAGUCUGUAUACCAGGACUGACAGCGCGUGCUUCAUACAAACAUGUGAAAAGGAGCUGGUAGGGCUUAUUGUGCUUACGAGAUAUAAUAAUAAAACCUACCGUAUUGAUGAUAUUGACUGGUGUGUGAAGCCAACUGACACAUUUCCGAAAUGUGAUGGUACUGAAAUCUCUUACGUUGAUUAUUAUAACCAGCAGUAUGAUAUAGUCCUGACUGACCUAAAUCAGCCUAUGCUGGUUAGCCGAUUGAAAAGUAAGCAGAAUAGCACUGUUGAACCACGUGUUGUCCACCUGAUCCCUGAGCUGUGCUAUCUAACAGGUUUGACCAGCCGGGCAAUUUCUGACUUCCGUCUGAUGAAGGAUCUGGCUCAAGAAAUGCAUCUGAAUCCUGAGCAAAGACAGCAAAGGCUGUCUCGGCUUGUUGACAACAUUCAGAGAAUCAAAGAGGCUCGUUUAGAGUUGGAGAUGUGGGGGCUGCAGCUUGGGUGCCAAGUUUCCCUGACAGGUCGUGUUGUCCCAACUGAAAAAAUCCUAAUGCAGGAGCAGACAUGUCUGCCAAUGAGUGCUGGUGACUGGUCAAAGGAUAUGCGUAAUAUGAAGAUAAUUGGAGUGCAGCCUCUGGACAACUGGUUAAUGUUGUGCAGUAACAGAAAUGGAGAACUAGCUGAGAACCUUUUGAAUUGUCUGAAAAGAGUGGGAGGUCCUAUGGGAUUUCACAUUGAAUAUCCCAGAAUACUACAAGUACAAGAAAGCCCAAUGGCAUUCCUGCGAGCAGUGCAACAGCAUGUAAAUCCUGAAGUACAGCUGGUAAUGUGUGUACUGUCUUCCAAUCAGAAGGACUGUUAUGAUUCGAUUAAAAAGUUCCUGAGCCUUGACCGACCUGUCCCAAGCCAAUGUGUACUAGCACGCACUCUGAACAAGCAGGGCAUGAUGAUGAGUGUCGCCACAAAAAUCGCAAUGCAGAUUAUCUGUAAACUCGGAGGGGAGCUAUGGGCAGUCGAGAUCCCUCUAAAAUCACUCAUGGUGAUAGGUAUUGAUGUCAAUAAAGAUGCUCUUAACAAGGGAAGUUCAGUAGUUGGAUUUGUGGCUAGCACUAAUUCAAAAAUUACAAGGUGGUUCUCUCGCUGCAUCCUUCAGAAUACAGGGACUGAUAUCGCAGAUUGUUUAAAAGUCUGCAUGAAAGGCGCUAUCAGCAAGUGGCACAAGUAUAAUUGUGAGUUGCCUGCGCGCAUCAUAGUAUACCGUGAUGGUGUUGCAGAUGGCCAGCUGAAGAUGGUGGUGGAUUAUGAGGUCCCCCAACUACUUAGUGUCCUCACAGAAUUAACUACUAAUUACAGUCCCAAAGUGUCAGUGAUUGUGGUCAGGAAGAGAUGCAUUCCUCGAUUCUUCGCAGAGGCAAACAGAAGCCUGCAAAACCCACCUGUUGGCACUAUUGUUGACACAGAGGCUACUCGUCCUGAAUGGUAUGACUUUUACCUAAUCAGCCAAUUAGCACGUCAGGGAACUGUCAAUCCCACAUACUAUAAUGUUGUGUAUGAUAACAGUGGAUUAAAACCAGAUCACAUGCAGCGCCUCACGUACAAGAUGUGCCACCUGUACUACAACUGGCCAGGUCUAAUCAGAGUGCCAGCGCCCUGUCAGUAUGCCCACAAGCUGACCUUCCUGGUGGGUCAGAGCAUUCACAGAGAGCCAAGCCUGGAACUAGCUGACAAGCUUUUCUAUUUGUGAGGAGAAUAAUAAUAAAUCACGAAGACAACUUUAAGAAAUACUAACAUGGCCAAAUCUGGAUAUGGUCUCAUGGCUACCAGCAUAGUGUAGCUCAAACUCAGUCUUGUAUUUGAAGGAAAACAUUUAGUUUUAGACAUAAAGAGAAAUAUCUAUUCUCUGAAUGAAGAGAACAGAGCAUCCUGAGCAGUAUAAGGGAUUAAGGUACUUUACUUCAGUUAGCCCCAAUAGGAGACUUGGAGCAUACUCCCAAGUAACAUUUGAAAAUGUAGGGGUAUGUGAUAGUAAUGUUGUUGAUAUAGAUACACUGUACAGCUGAUUAUUCUGUAAGCAUAUCAUUGCCAUUUAAUUUCCAAAAUGUUUUGGAGGGUUACUUUUUCCUUCAAAGACUCUUUUAGAAAACUGUUUGGAUAAGGUUGAAAUUUUAACAAAUAAAGUUUUAUUCUGUUUGCAUUUUAA